AUGCAGGCGUAUUCGCUCGGGCAGAUCGACCUACUUGUCACAUUCAGCGACCGCGCUAACUUCCUCAUGGAGGUCCUAACCUUCGAGGUGGUGGAGCUUCUCAGGUGCUACCACGCUAUCCUAGGGCACCCAUGUUACGCCAAGUUCAUGGUGGCCCCCAACUACACUUACCUCAAGCUGAAGAUGCCGGGACCAAACAGCACCAUCACACUGGGUAGUAACUUCUCGCAUGCCUACACAUGCGACCACAAGAACUUCGAGCUCGCCACCGGCCUUGCCCACUCUGUCGAACUCCAGAAGCUCGGAAAGGAGGCUGCUCCAGCCAUACCCGACUACAAGGAGACGACCGUCGUGAGCGCCUUAAGUCCGACUGAGGAGACCAAGGCAGUAGAGAUCGACCCCAGCUACUCGACCAAGAUGGUGCGGAUCAGGACCAACCUCCCAGCUGAAUAG